UUUGUGCAACCAAGAAAUGACAAAGGACGAGCUUUCAGCGCAGGAAAUUGCCCUUUAUGACCGUCAAAUUCGACUUUGGGGAAUGGCAACCCAAUUGCGUUUACGAUCUUCAAAAAUUCUAAUUAUAAACUUAGGAGCUGUGGGAACCGAAAUAGUCAAGAAUUUAGUAUUGGGUGGAUUAAACACUAUUGAAAUAUUGGAUGAUUCAGUGGUAAAACCAGAAGACUUUGCUGGACAAUUUUUCCUUCCUAAUGAUGACCUGGUAGUUGGUCAAACAAAAUUGCCACUUGUUGUGGAUAGAAUUAGAGAAUUGAAUAAUAGAGUAAAUCUUUCAAUCAAUACAGAAUCAUUGGAUUCUCUUAUAGCGAAUAAGCAAUACGUUAAAGCUUUUGAUUUAGUGAUUGCUACGGAAUUAGAUAAACAAAUGAUAUUGAAACUUAAUGAUAUUACACGAGAAUUAAACAUUCCACUUUAUGUUUCAGGAAUGCAUGGAAUGUUUGGCUAUAUUUUAACAGAUCUCAUAGAACAUACUUCUGUUUCAGUAAAGGAGGCAGGAAAUCAACCAAGAGUAGUUGGAACUGAACUUUCGAGAAACAAAACAAUAACUAAUGUUGAAUCCAAGGAGAAAUCCAAUGAUGAAAUAGUAACUAUCAGAGAUGUAUUCUCUCCACUUAAAGAAAUUUUCAAAUCUCAGGAACUUCCUAAACAAUUAAACAAGAGGCAAUUGAAGAGAUUAUCAGGAGUUGUGCCUUUGAUAUUUGCCUUAUUUGAUAUUACUAGACCUAAUGAUCCCGAUACUGUGAUUGAUGUCGAGGUCUUGAGAGUGAAAGCAAUUGAAAUUUGUAACUUGCUCAAUAUUCCUGCUGAAACAGUUACUCCUGACUAUCUAGACGUAUUCAGCAGACAAGCAUUUGCCGAGUUUGCUCCGGUGGCAGCAGUUAUUGGUGGUGCUCUUGCUCAAGAUAUCAUUCAAUUUUUGAGUAAAAAGGAGAGUCCAAUAAAUAAUGUAUUAAUAUUAGAUGCUGUUAAUUCAGAAAUGCCUAUUUAUCUGUUAUAAAUGCAUAUAAAUAUAUAUAUAUGAAUUCAUUUGAUAGGUGUUGAACCUCUACCCUUGCGUUUCUUCAAGUGAGAGGUAUCCUUGAGAAAUUUAAAUGCAUUAUUUAAUUUGAAUUUCAAAGAUUCAUUCUGAAGCCUCUCUUCUUUAAUUUGAUUAAUUAAAUCUUUCUUCUUUGCAUGGAAAUUUUCCAUUUCGUGUUCCUCAGCUUCAAGUAAUUCAGAAUACUUUCUCUUUGAAUCCUGAAUUUUGGUCUUUUGAUUCUCUAUUUCUGUUUCGGAGUUCUUGAUUGAUUCUAGACAUUGUUGAUAUUCAUUUGAUAUAAAAUUCUUUUCUUCAUUCUUGGACUGAAUCUUAGCUAUAAGAGUUUUGACUUUGGUUUGUAAAUCCCAAAUUUCAAGUUGAUUUUGAAUGUAUUGUCGAGUUUGCUCAUUAUCUAUCUUAUUAUCAGUAAUGAAAUUGGAUAUCUUUUCAUCAGCUACUCUAAUUUCAUCUUUGACACUUUCCGCUUGUUCGGCUUUCUUGAUUGUCCAUUUACUGGCACUAUUAAUUCUAGAUUGGGCAUGAUCAACAUCGUUAAAAAUUUUGGAAACAGUAAUUCUCAUUUCCCGUUCUCGACGUCCAAUUUUCCGUUCUUGGUUUUCUUCCUCGUUAUAUUUCUCAUAGCUUUGAACUUCUUCUUCUGCUCUAUCUAGUGAUAAAAACGCUUCGUUCAUUUGAAGGAUCAAUUUGUGUGUGAGAAUACUAGUAUUGGUAGCACUUGCAUGUUCUUCUCCAGUACCAGCGUAUAUUCCCGACAAUUGUGUGAAUGAAUUCUUUAAAGGAUUAGUAAUAUAAGCU